AUGUGGAGGGCCAUAAAACUGGGAUGUGAGGAAGCCUUGCUGAAUUUCAUUGCUCAGGGGGCCAAUGUGCAGCAAUGCGAGCGAGUGGUCAAGGGGAUGAAUGGAAAUGAGAACAGUUCGGAGUCUGAGAGGGAUCCUGUGGAAGGUUCUGAAACCUCAUCUUCCUCGGAUUUAACUGAAUAUUCGCCAUCAUCGCCAGAAGAAGGGAUGGGACAACAAGAAGAAAUUAAUGCUGGAGAAAAUGACGACGAAGAAGAUGGGGAUGAGGAGGAUGUGGAUAACUCGAGCGAAUUUGAUUCGAGCGAGUACCCUUUGAACGAGUACCAUUCGAUUGAGGAUUAUUCGAGCGAUGACAGUUCGAAUGAAUAUGAUUUGAGUGAGAAUGGCUCCAGUGAGGACGAUUCCAGUGGAGACGAUUAUGGUCCAUCCUUCUUCGGUAGCGACUCGGAGAUGAAGAGGGUGCUGCAGCGUACUCAAAAGGAGCGCCAUCGCUAUUCGUCAUGCAAUUGUUAUCGCGACGAGCCACCUGUCUGCCUGGCUGCGCGCAUCGGCCAUGUGGGAAUCAUGAAGAUUCUCCUUGUGCAUGGCGUCCAUCCAAACACCCGAAACUGGACUUUCAAAACACCGUUGAUGAUCGCGGCCCGGUACGGUCAGACAGCAAUAGUGACUCUCUUACUGAACACCGGUAUCAUAUCACUGAACGCGCAUGACGACCGCCAGCAGUGUGCAUUAUCUCUGGCUGCUCAACAUGGGCACACUGAAGUGGUGAAAACCUUACUGGCUCAUCCGCAGAUUAACCCGGACCCUUGCUCAAAGUAUCUCCGUCGGUACGGCUUGCAGAAUUGCGGUUACCGGGAAGGAUCCCCCUUAAUCCAGGCGAUCCAAGGCCAGCAUCUAGAGAUUGUGCGGUUGUUGCUGAACAAGGGCGUGGAUCCGAGAAUAGGAGAUGAAGACAAUACUUCAGCGCUGUCCUUGGCCGCAGCUGAUGGUAAUCUGGAAAUUGUACGAAUUUUGUUGGAUAAGGGUGCAGCGUUCGACGCCUGGGGGCUCUUGGAUAAGGGCCCUCUUUUUGAAGCCGCGGAAGAGGGUCACGUCGAAGUGGUUCGGCUCCUGUUUGAGAGAGGCGCGGCAGAUCCGUAUCUAGAGGAUGACGAGGGCCAAACGCCGUUGGACGUGGCGAAAGAGUGUGGGCAUACUGCCGUGGUCGAUUACUUCGAGGGUCGAAUCUAA